AAUGGUGCUCAACGUCCCCGGUUUGAUCUCGGUCAUCAUCUUCUAUAUCGUUAUCCUUGUUAUCGGACUAUGGGCAGCCCGCCGGACCAAAGGGGAGACCAACAGCGAAAAUGUAAUGUUGGCCGGGAGAAACAUAGGUCCAUUUGUAGGGGUCUUCACCAUGACAGCCACGUGGGUCGGAGGUGGAUUCAUUAAUGGUACAGCAGAAACGGUGUACAGAGAUGGCUUACUGAAUUGUCAGGCCCCACUAGGCUAUUCUCUUAGUCUUGCGAUUGGAGGUUUAGCUUUUGCCCGAAAGAUGCGUGAACGAGGGUACGUAACAAUGUUGGAUCCAUUUACUCGGACCUAUGGGGAAAGGAUGGGAGGACUUAUCUACAUACCGGCACUGCUGGGGGAGGUGUUUUGGUCUGGGGCCAUCCUAGCUGCUCUAGGGAGUACACUUCGGGUAAUCAUCGGACUCUCCCACGAAGUUUCAAUCAUCUCCUCCGCUUGUAUCGCUGUCUUCUACACUCUUUUUGGAGGACUUUACUCUGUCGCUUACACUGAUGUCGUGCAACUCAUCUGCAUAUUUGUUGGUUUGUGGAUUUGUGUUCCGUUUGCUAUGGUCAACGACGUGGUGGAAAACAUAUCCGUCAAUUCCACUUCUGAGUGGAUCAAAGGAGUGGAUCAAGAAGAAUCAGGCGUGUACAUCGACUCAUUUCUUCUGCUUAUCUUCGGGGGGAUACCAUGGCAGGUCUAUUUCCAGCGAGUGUUGUCAGCCAGAUCAGCCAAAGCUGCUCAGUAUUUGUCGUUUUUAGGUGCAUUGGGAUGUCUUAUCAUGUCUGUCCCAUCGGUUUUAUUAGGCGCCAUUGCCAUUAACGCAGAUUGGAAUAGCACUGCUUAUGUAACAAGAGACAACUUCAAUAUGUCCGAGAUCCCAAACAGAGCCUCGGAUAUCUUACCUCUCGUACUGCAAUAUUUGACCCCAGAAUGGGUCUCUUUCUUUGGACUAGGAGCGGUGUCUGCUGCUGUAAUGUCGUCUGCUGACUCUUCCAUUUUAUCCGCCAGUUGUAUGUUUGCUAGAAAUAUCUACAAAAUGAUAUUCCGACAAAAGGCUUCCGAAAAAGAAAUCAUAUGGGUCAUGAGGUUUGCAAUAUUCGGUGUUGGGGCGUUAGCAACAGUGAUGGCGAUUAAUGUCAAGUCCGUCUACACUUUAUGGUAUCUUUGUUCCGACCUCGUUUACGUGGUGCUUUUUCCGCAGCUUCUUUGCGUCACUUACCUCAACUACGCCAAUACAUACGGGUCUCUCCUGGGAUACGUUGUCGGUAUGUUUUUCCGGAUAGCCGGAGGGGAACCAACAUUAGGCAUUGAUGCUCUCAUUAAGUAUCCCUACUACUCAGAGAAACAUGGACAGUUGUUCCCCUUUAAAACCCUCUGCAUGCUGAUAUCCUUAACGACCAUUGUUUUUAUUUCCCGCUUGACUCACUUUUUGUUUGAAAGGGGAUUCGUUCAUCCUCGUUUUGAUGUGUUUAAAUGUCGAACUAUCAAAGACAUCGAAAACACUGAAACUGAGGGUCACAAUGAUGUAAAGUCCGCGGAUCCUUUUGUUAUUUAUAACUCCGAGUUCACACAGGUCAUUGAGGAAGUGAAAACAACCUGA